AUGAAGCUCCUGUCCCUACUCCUCACCGUGGCUUUGGGCGUGGUGACUGCCGUUUCGGCAGGCCCCGCAGUGCUCGAGUGCUGGUUUGUAGAGGAUUUGGGUCGUGGGAGCCUGGUCAAAAAGCCCGCUGCACUGCUGCUGCGCGAGGGCCCAGGAGGACCACCUUCCCGGCCAGACCUCGACCCUAAGCUCUACCUCAAUGUGCACGACCCCACGGGAGCACUCCAGGCUGCCUUCAGGCGGUACCCCCGAGGAGCACCCAUGCCACAUUGCGAGAUGAGCCGCUAUGUCCCGCUCCGUGCCUCCGCGAAUUGGGCCAGGGGCCUAACUCCGGACCACAGCUGUCCACGGGCCCUGGAUGGGAACUGGUACAUGGUCAGCAUGUCUAGCCCGGUCCUCAGCCUCUCUGUCCUCCUGCAGGCACAGCCAGAGUCACAGCAGGAGCCUGUGCUUAUCACCAUGGCAACAGUGGUGCUGACUGUCCUCACCCAGACCCCUGCUCCUCGAAUUCGACUGGGCCAUGAUGCUCUGCUGGACUUGAGCUUUGCCUACAUGCCCCCUAACCCUGAGACUGCUAAAUCUCUGGCCCUGGGUCCCCCUCCCUUUGGGCUGGAGUGGCGACGCCAGCACCAGGGUAAGGGACACCUGAUACUGGCUGCAACCCCUGGGCUGACAGGACAAAUGCCAGAAGCCAAAGAGGGAGCAGUGACAUUUGCUGCAUGGGAUGAUGAUGAGCAGUGGGGCCCAUGGACUGGGAAUGGGACCCUCCAGCUACCUGCAGUGCAACCCUUCCAAGAGGGCACCUAUCUGGCCACCAUCCACCUGCCAUACCUGCAAGGACAGGUCACUCUGGAGCUCUCUCUGUACAAGCCUCCUAAAGUGUCCCUGACACCAGCACCCCUAGUAUGGGCUGCCCCAGGGGAAGCACCCCCAGAACUGCUCUGUCUUGUGUCCCAUUUCUACCCCUCGGAUAGCCUGGAGGUGGAAUGGGAGCUUCGAGGUGGCCUGGAAGGUGGUUUUCGGAAGGCUGAAGGGCAAAGGUGGCUCUCCAGCCUGCGCCACCAUUCUGAUGGCUCUGUCAGUCUCUCUGGGCACCUACGGCCUCCUCCUGUCUCUGCUGAGCAGCAUGGGAUGCGUUAUGUCUGUCGCAUUCGCCACCCUAGCCUGCCUCCCUCAGGGCGCAGCGCCCAGGUGACCCUGGAAGUGGCAGGCCUCUCUGGGCCCUCCCUAGAGGACAGCGUGGGGCUCUUCCUCUCAGCCUUUCUCCUCCUUGGCCUCAUCAAGACUGUGAGCUGGGUUGCUGCCUACCUGUCCACCACUUCAAAGGAUUCAAAAGAAAAGGUACAAUGUCCCACCUCCUUUUAUCUUUCCCUUCUUUUAUUAUGCCUUAUCCUCCUCACCCAUGGAGGACGCCUGCUAGUAUGA